AGCCAAUGAUUCGAAGGCUGUGUUACCCACAAUGCCGCCCGCUGGCCUGGCCACACGGCCUGGUUCCCAUGCCUCGUUUGGGGGUCUUCGGCCUGGCUCUGGCGUCCGGGGCUGCGAAACUUGCGGUCCGCGGUCUCACUCCGGCUCAUAUCCGCCGCUCCGACUCUGGCCCGAACUUUCCACGGCCCGCAGCGCUGCCAGGCCCUGAAAAAAACUCUUCCUGUGUCUGUCCAGAGGUAUACAGAGAGAGACAGGUUCAAUUCUAAGGCCUAAAAAGGAACAAGUCCCACUGGGAACAAUGGCCACCAUCCCUGGCCUCCAGCCCCUGACAUCCUUGGAGCAGGAUCUGGAACAGGAUGAGAUCCUGAUUGUGAAGGUGGAGGAGGACUUCGGCUGGGAAGAGGAGCCCUCCGUGGAGACGGAGGACCCCAGCCCCGAGACUUUCCGCCAGCUCUUCCGGCUCUUCUGCUACCAGGAGGUGGCUGGGCCCCGGGAGGCCCUGAGCCGCCUAUGGGAGCUGUGCUGCCGCUGGCUGCGGCCAGAGCUGCGCACUAAGGAGCAGAUCCUGGAGCUGCUGGUGCUCGAGCAGUUCCUGACGGUGCUGCCGGGGGAGAUCCAGGCUCGAGUGCGCGAGCAGCAGCCGGAGAGCGGUGAGGAGGCCGUGGUCCUCGUGGAAGGGCUGCAGCGGGAGCCCAGGAAACACAGGCAGCGGGGCUCAGAGCUGCUUUCUGAUGAUGAGAUGCCCCUCGGGAUAGGGGGACAGUCCUUAAAAUGCCAGGCGGAGGCUCAGACGGAGGAGCUGUUUCUGGAGGAAGAGGCUCGAUGCUCCAGCCAGCAGCCCCCAGCCCAGCUAAGCCACAGGCCACAGAGGGGUCCGCUGCUGUGGCCAGAGAGGGGCGCUCCGGCCCCCCAGCAGCAGGAGAUGGCGUCAGCCUCACCCCUCCUUUCGGCCUGGUCCCAGCAGGCGCCUGUGAACUUGGAGGACGUAGAUGUAUACCUUUCUGGGGAGGAGCCAGGACACCUGGACCCAGCUCAGCAAGAUGUGCCGCUGGAAAAUGAAGGACCUGUGAUCCAGUUGGUGGACGGUGGUGACGGCAGAGAGGACGCCCCGGUGAGGAUGGAGUGGUACCAAGUGUUCUCAGCGCGAUGCCAGGGCCCUGGCCACCCGCUCCCAAGUCAGAGGCCAGCCCCAGUCAGGGGCUUGGCCAGGCCUGAACAACCAAGAGGUGGCCCCCCACCAGGAAGAGGGGUUUCUCAUGGGGCUGACAAGCCAUACACCUGCCCCCAGUGUGGCAAAGGCUUCAGCAAAACGUCCCACCUGACCAAGCACCAGCGCACACACACGGGUGAGCGGCCUUACAAGUGCCUGGUGUGUGGGAAGGGCUUCAGCGACCGCUCCAACUUCAGCACACACCAGAGGGUGCACACGGGCGAGAAGCCCUACCCGUGCCCCGAGUGCGGGAAGCGCUUCAGCCAGAGCUCCAGCCUGGUCAUCCACCGCAGGACGCACAGCGGGGAGCGGCCCUACGCCUGCACCCAGUGCGGGAAACGCUUCAACAACAGCUCCCACUUCAGCGCUCACCGCCGGACGCACACAGGUGAGAAGCCCUACACCUGCCCGGCCUGUGGCAAGGGCUUCCGCCGGGGCACCGACCUGCACAAGCACCAGCGGACCCACACAGGGGCAGGCUCCCUGCUAACGCUCCCACCAGUGGCUCCUGGAGGCUCUGGGGCCAAGGCCUGAUCACCCAGUGCCUGAAGCUGCCUUUCCAGGACUCUCAUCCCUGGGCACAGAAUUCAGGAAGCUGCCAGAGACCCUGGUCCGAAAGCAUUGCCUGUUGCCUCCCGUGGCCCAGUAUGAGGGCAGCAGGAGACAUUUGGGAUGCUCAGACCGAGGAGGAAGCUGGGCACUGGGCACAGAGCAAGGGCAAGGACAGGCUGUGUGAGUGUCCAGUGGCGGCCAGAACAGACGAGACAGAGCGAGGGCUUCAGACACAGCGACACACUCAGGAAGCCAGAAGCUCGCACCCAAGGCGUUGGUGGGGCUGGCUCCUGGAGGGCCUGGGAGCUCCAUCAGCCUCCCACAGCGUCCGGUAGCUGCUGGCAUGUACCCUCAUCACUGCGUCCCUACCCAUCCCCUGUGUGUCUGUGACCUUGUGCACCAUCUUUGUGUCCUCCCCUGCCCUUCUUUUUUUUUAAAGACAGGGCCUUGCUCUAGAGUGAAG